AUGGGUGCUUUAUUAUCCUCACUUGCUGCUCCUUUAAUUCAAGCAGGUAGCGGACUCGUUGGAACUGUUGCCAACCUUUUUAUGAAUAAUAAGAAUCUUCAGGCACAGAAAGAUAUUAAUCAGCAGAAUAUUGAAUUGGCAAGAGAACAAAACAGAUGGAAUGAGGAAAUGAUUGAUAAGGCGAAUGCUUAUAAUUCUCCUGAACAUCAGAGACAACUUCUUGAAGAAGCUGGUUAUAAUCCUGCUCUUUUUUCUCCCGAGGGCAUGACUAUGCAGGCUCCUCAAAGUGCUGACCUUGCUAAUCAACAAAUGAUUCACAAUGACCCUGCAGCCCUAAGUGGUUUUAAUCAGGGAUUAAAUCAGUGGCACAAUCAGGCAACUACACAUUUAACGGAGGAGCAAUCUAAGACUUUUGCAGUCCAGAUAGAUGAAAUGAAUCAAAAAAUCCGUCAGUCUCAGGAACAAAUUAUUCUUAUGCGUCAGCAAGGAAAGAAAAUUGAUUAUGAUAUUCGUUUUUCUGGUGAGCAACUUAAGUUACAGAUUAAACAAACUUCUGCAACUAUUCAGAAAAUUAUGAGUGAUAUAGGUGUUAAUGAUGCAACUAUUCAUAAGAUUUCGCAAGAGAUUGUUAAUCUUUCUCAACAAGCAAUUCUGACUGGUAAACAAAUAGAAUCUGCUGAGCUUAAUAAUAUAUAUCAGUCUAUUGUGAAUACUUAUGCUGAUGAAUCAGAGAAAGAGAAGAUUAACAGUAUGAAAGCAUCUAUAUAUAAUGCUCUUACUUCUUCAACUGCUAAGACUGUUGAUAAUUUUGCAACUUGGUUGUCAAAUUUUACACAUAAUAUUACUCAUUCAUCAGGUUAUAAAAAUCCUUUUGAUGGUUCAUUUGACAGAAUCAACCGUAAAGGCGGUUUUCUUAAUCAAGAAUAA